AUGGUUGGUUAUAGCGAAACUGUUAAAGGAUAUAGAAUAUACUUCUCACAUAGGAAUGAUGUAGAAUUUAAACGAGAUGUAGUUUUCUUAGAAAGAGAACAAAACUAUAGUGAAAUCGAGGUAAAAUUGAAAUAUACGGAAGAAAAUAAUGACAAAAGUAAUAAGUUUCAUAAUGAAUCGGAAACUACAUCAGCAAAUCUCGAUGAAACUAUGGUGAUUGCGAGUAUAUCCGAAGAGUCUGGAUCUGAAUACAGUCCAAGUGAAGCAAGUAACAGCUCAGUCGAACCAAUUGAUGAGGUCUGCUAA